AUGCCAUCGAGGACCGAGAAGCCUCGAAGCCAGUCGGCGGCAAGCCGACGUAACGAGAAGAGGCUCGAGCACCGGGCCUCUUCUCUGCCUGGUGGCUCGUCAAGGGUCACCAAAACCAGCCGACCACGAGAGCGUCGGUUCUCCCUCUCGUUGACGUUGCAACACGUUGACGACGAGUGCCACUACGAGGAAGUUGUGGAGAAAAGGGGUGAGAUGGCUGUUGACACUAGGGACGGCAGCCAACGCGACGAGGCCAGAGAUCUCAUUGCAGAGAUCAUGGUCGCACAGGGCCUUCAGGGAAGGCUAUACGAAAAGAUGGGCCGAAUGGCGCGAAAGGAGCGCUUUCAACAAGUCGUUGUGCAGAGCAACGCUUCCAAGGCCAUCGAGUGCCAGGUGGCCCAGCUGCAACAGAGGUUGACCAUGAUCAGCCUGUGUUGCUCUUUCGAAGAGCUUUGUCUAGAUUAG